GUAGAGAAGGAUCGGGACGCUGCUUCGCGGACAUUUUUUUUUCUCACGUGUGCGUCCGCGAUUCUCACGUGUGUGUGCGUGCGUUCGCCUAGAUAGAUCGCGCGGAAUUCCACAGCUAGACGGGAAAAAAAAGAAGAAGAAGAAAAUACGAAAAGAAAGAGAGAGGACCGUAUAUCGAGGAACAAUGGGACGAAGGCGCGUCGCUCGAGGCGGCGGAGGUCGCCUAGGGGGCUGAAAGGGGCCCCCGAGAUCAGCGCCCGUGAUGAAUUCGCCGCGAUGUAACACGCCCGCCCUCUGGGUUCGGCUCUCAUCGGCAACGGUCGUCGCGUCAGGACCGGCAGCGAUGCCGGCGUCGCGCCGGAAGUGAGCCGGGGCGUCGCGACGCUCGGCCGGAAAUAACGACGAGACGCGGUACGAUGUCCCGCGAUGAGAUCCAGCACAUCCGCGAUAGGUUGUUGUUCCUGGCCGAGACGUCGGCGUCGGCGUCGUCGGGGGGGCAGCGGAGGCCGCCCCUGUCAAACGUCAAACGGAAAUCGGGUUCGAUGCUGUCGAGGCAGACGUCGAAAACUGCGGGCGGCCCCGCCCCCGGCAAGCUCAGCGUCCAAGAUUUUGUGCGCAUGGAUCCCGGGUAUACCCCCGACAUCGAACAUCUGGUGUUUCCGAAAAGACGCAGUCCGCAGCAGGUGGCACCAGCGGGCCCUGCGGCCGCCUCCGCGCAGCAAACCGCGUCGGGGGUGGCAAGGGCCAGGUCCCGAUUGGCCGAAAUGUUCGCCCUCAGCAAGCACCUCCAUCAGAAGUCUACGGAAAGGCAGGGUAGCAGAAUGGGCCCCAUAAAUAGGAGCGUGGACAGCGCCAUGGACCACCACGCUUCCGCGAAUGUGGGCGGACGUCCGCCCCCUUCGGGCGUCAUCGACAGCAAACGGUGGGUCCGUAGCGUGGACGAGCCGGCAAGGAAGAGCUCUAUUAUCGGGGGAUCCAUCCGGAUAAGCCCCUCGUCUUUUGAGAGCGAAAAACCCGCCGCAAAGGGACCUGCGUUGGUACACCUACGUGGCAACACCGAGCCUUGGGAGAGGAGAACGUCGUCGACAUAUCAGGCCACCGCCAGGUCGUAUUUUUCGGCAAACCGCAGCAGCACCGCCGCCAACGUGCCGCCACUGACCAAGCACCAAUCGUUGGGAACCGCGCAAAGCAAAAAGUGGACCAACUCGCCCAGUUUCCAUUCACGAUCGGAAGCGUCGCCCGGUAUAUUUACUUUCGGCAACGCCGCCUACAACAGGGAACUUUCGCCGGUCAGGUGGUGUGACCGCGAAGUGGACGGCGUCUAUCUGGGUCGUUCCGGCUGGGUCCAGGUCCAACAAAAGUCGCUUGACGAUAACAGGCGCAACAGUUACGCUGCCAAUUUCCCCAGCUGGCUCCAGUCGCGUCGCACGGGCGUCCGUCUCGCUCAUUAUCAUUUCGACAGCGAGCCGGUCAAGUACUGCUCGAUAGGCGGUAUCCCCAAGACUCAGCAGCAGCAGCAGCCUCGUUCAAGCAGCGUCGAACAUCACCAUCAGAAACAGGAGACGCGGCCGUCGUGUCUAGUACUGCAGACUCGAGACCUAGAGCAACGUACCGCCAAAACGCCGUCUCCGCCGCCGCCUCCGCCGCUGCCUCCGCCUCCUCCAGACUCCCCGCCGUCGGUGACCCCGAUAAUAUCGCCGCCUCCCGCGUUCCAAGACCAGAAAAAAGGAGCCAAGAGCCCGAUGAAGACGUCAAGGACGUUUUUCGGCAAGACGCCGUUCUUGCCGAGGUCGGACGCCAUCGUCGACAGCGACAAUAGUCCGCCGCCGUCGCCGCCCCACGUCGGCAAAUGGAAAACUACCGCUCCGCCGUUACCGUUGCGGGUGCCCAAGUUGCAAAAAAACGCGGAGAAGCCUCCAAGAAUGUUCAAGAAGAUGCCGCAGACGACCAAGUCGUUGGAGGAGACCACGGCGUCGCGACGCAUGCAGUUCAAGUUGCAGUACGGCGGCUCGUCGUCUAGCUCAUCCAGCUCGAUGGGGUUCAGGAGUUUGGACAGCACCUUCAACCGGACGGGCAACGUGCUGUCCCGACUGUCCGAGCACACGGACUCGUCCGCGGACAUUUGCGCGGACGCCGACGACGAGGAUAACAACAGUUCGUCGAUCAACGUCGCGACCGUGAAUCGGACGAAGGGCCAGCAGGACGCGGCCAGCAGGAAACUGUCGCCGUCCGGCAGGGGAGGACGGUCCGUAGGGCAUCACAGGAGUCAGGCGAGACGUUCUCCAGCUGGCUCGGAUACGAAUAAGCCGUCGCCCGGAUCGUCAUCGUCUUCGAGCAGCAACGAGUUCCUGCCGCGUUCUCCGACCGCCCCCGCUCAACAGCAGCAGCAGCAGCAGGUGCGACGCAACGCGACGUCUCGUACGUACCAGAACGUCGUCCGGUCGCCGCAGGAGGAUCCGGCGCAAAAGGUGCGCCGUUCCCGGAGCCUGCAGCUGCCGGAAAAGAAACCGCCGCCCAGCUUCGACCGGCGCGAGUCGCAGAAAGUGUCCCCGCAGCACCCGGAGCAGCAGCAGCAGCAGCAACGCGGUAAGGCGUUCCUCAAGAUGGGCAACCAGCCCGAUCGCAAGCGGUACACGAAGCCGGCGUCCUUGGAGACGGCGAAGGACAACAUCAUGGACGAGGAACUGCUCCGGGAAGCGGAGGCGGUCGCAAGUUAUCUCUACGGCAGCAGAAGCAGGGCGGCGGCGCACGCCCUCCUGAUGCACAGAUACAACAACAACAACAUAUCACAAGAGGAAGCCGAGUACAGCAAACCCAUACUGAACAACGAAUUAACGAUUUAUUACGUGGGGAACAAUCAAUCGGAGCGACAAAAACUGCUGGUUAGGGGCUCGACAAGUCCGAACAUGCCGUCGUCAAACAAGGCGAGUUUCGACGCUUCGCCGAGAAACGGGGGCAGUUUCGAUUCUCCCAAACGUCCCUGCAAUCCGGAUACAUGCGAAUUUUGGCCCCACUGCUCCCACCGCCCGCCCCUCGUAAGGGACGCGCAUCAGCACGGCAUCCGACCGUCUCAAAGUUACCCGAUGCACGCGAAAAGUCUAGACUCGGCCACCGUGGAUCCGAGGUUAAUGCCGGUGGACAGGUCGCCGUUGCAGGAGCAAUACCGGCGCCGCCUCGACGUCGACGGCAGGACGCUGAAGCAGCAGGAGUUCCGCAGGCUGAGCCCCAGCAGGCCGGGGCCCCCCGGGCUCAAGCGAAACGGCUCCACCGACGUCCCGACCGGAGAGAAAAAGUCAUCGCCGCGCGCGAGCGGCUCAUCGUCCGGUAGCGACGUGUGGCUGACCGCCUCCAGAGUGUCGUCCCUGAAAGGCUCCGGGACUUCGACUCCGGUGGACUAUUAUCCCGAUCACAGACGGCCAGGCAGCGCACCCACCAACGAGGUAUCUGAGGACGUUAUGGUAGCGCAGCAGAGGUCGAUGUCGUUGCCCAAGUCGUUUUUGUCGACCGGCGGCGGCGCGGAGGCGGUCGCGGGGCACGACGGCGGCGUCGUUUAUUGUUUGGGGGCGGAAAUUCCGACGCAACGAAGCGACGCGGACAGUCCGGACUCGUCGCCCGGAUUUUCCCGGAAAAUUCCGACUCCGGAAGCGGUCCGCACCGCUCCCGUAACGCCCUUGCACGAGGGUCGCCGGAACAGGUCGCCUUUGGAGGUCGACCGAAGGGUCAAGGCUACUUCGACGCCCCACCUGUCGGAGUGCCAAGAAGAUUUGGUCAGGAAGUGGAGCGACGCCGUCGAAGAUGGCGGCGGUUUUUCGCUGAACCCUGAACCGCUGAGGGAAGCGACGAACCACCCCCAACACCACCACGCCCACCACCAACGAGGUCAAACUGCCGAAAGCGUCCUGCAAAAGUUUAGGAAAACGUUUUCGUUACGUUUCCAACGGAAAUCGAGUAAAGACAGCUGCGCGUCCGAAGACAACAUGUCCGACGCGCCGCAUUCCGAAGAGGAUUCCUCGUCGCCCGGGCGUCUCGACGCCGUCCCCGUCGACGAACGGGGCGUCGAAGAUUCCCACGGGACGUCGUUCGACCAUAAAAGCAAGUUCGGACCUCUCAUCUGGCGCUCGAGCAAGGAGCGGAAAAAACUAAACAAAGCGGCUAGAAACGCUAAAUGCAACAGCGGCGACAGCGGGAUCCAGAUCGAGAUGCCCGGUUGUUACGGAGGGACCACGGGCGGCGACAGCAGCGAGUCCCACGACACGGACGGCCCCCCGGGCGACGAUAGCCCCCCGGCGGUCCGCCGUCGGCCGCCCCAUCGCUCGGGCGCCGCCCCCGGCCCCAACAACCGCCCCCAUUCCGAACUUAUUAAUCAGAUUCUUAUUGAUAAACUCAAGGCUGACCUGAAGCAUCGCGGGCGCGGCUCCAAGCAGGUACGGCGCACGCGCAGCGACCUCGGCGGCCAGCGUCUGUUCGGCUGGGAACAGCGCCAGGCCACGCAGCGGCUGCUGCGCAAGAUGGCUGCGCCGACGUCGUCGCCGGGACGCGGUCAGAGUCCGCGCAAGCGCCCCUCCGACGACCUGCGAGCCGACGACGACGUCGAGUUGCGUCGCGACGUCCCCGCCAGGCCGCCGGCGCUGCGACGCUCCCUCAGCCAACCUCUCGACAUCGACAAGCUGUCGCCGCUCAUGAGGCUGCGGUCGCCAGCAAGUCUUCGAGGCGGCAACGCCGCCGUCCUCAGCGAGGACGAGGCGGACCGCGGCACCGUAUGCGCCGCCAACACCUCCGACGAGGAGAUCAUGUCCGACUCGGAAUCGUCCGUCACGUCUUUCACCGAACGACGCAAAAAAUCGCUCGAACUGACGCGAGACGAGGACGUGGUCGUCCUUGCCGAGGCCGUGUUCGACCACGUGGCCAUCGAGACCGACGAGUUGGCGUUCCGGGCGGGGGACGUCGUGGAAGUGGAGGAAACCGCCGACCGGGAAUGGUGGUGGGGCUCGACGAGGGGCAAGUCGGGAUGGUUUCCCGCUCAGUUCGUGAGGCUGCGCGUCAGCCAAGAGGAUACAGUGGAAGAUUGUCUGGCGGCCAUCGCGUCCGGUCGUUCAGUCUCCUCCCACAUCAGACGUAGGACGAGCAUAUCGUUGUUAUCGAACGACCAAGUGCGCACGAGCGUGGUACGCGAACUGAUACACACCGAACGCGAUUUCGUCAAAGUGCUACGCGACGUCGUCGAGGGUUACAUAUCGGAGUGUCGCAAACGCAAGGACAUGUUCACCGCGGACCAAAUCGACACCAUCUUCAUCAACCUGGAGGGCAUCCUCGAGUUUCAGGCUGGUUUCCUCCGCGACCUCGAGAACUGCGUCGACUGGGACUCCCCGCACAAGAGCUGCGUCGGCGCGUGCUUCCUGAAGCACAGCGCAGGCUUCAAGAUGUACUCCGACUACUGCAAUAGUCAUCCGAUGGCGACCGCCGCACUCCAGGAGCUCUACCAGUACAACAACUACAGCAAGUUCUUCGAGGCGUGCCGCCUAAUGCGAGGGCUGAUCGAGAUCCCGUUGGACGGGUACCUGCUGACUCCCGUCCAGCGGAUCUGCAAGUAUCCCCUGCAGCUAGCGGAACUGCUCAAGUACACCAGGCUCGAUCAUCCGGACCACGCGAGCAUUAAAGAGGCGCUGGACGCGAUGCGCGGCGUCGCGACGCUGAUCAACGAGCGCAAACGACGCAUGGAAAGUCUCGAGAAGUUGGCAGCUUGGCAGCGCCGAGUAGAAAGUUGGGAGGGCGAGGAUUUGAUCGAUUCGAGCACGCAGCUAAUCCACCAGGGCGAGGUGAUCAGGGUAACGACCGGCAUGUGGACCAAUAAUAUCACCUUGUUUCUGUUCGACCACCAAAUCAUCUAUUGUAAAAAGGAUAUUCUUAAGCGAAACACCUAUGUAUAUAAAGGACGGAUAUGUUUGGACGUUAGCGAAGUGAUCGACGUGGCCGACGGCAAAGAUUGCAACCUUGGCGUGACCGUACGUCACGCGAUCAAACUGCUCAACGUCGCCCGGGACAAGUGGCUGAUGUUCUGCUGCCGUUCCGCGAAAGACAAGCAACGUUGGCUGGAGGCCUUUGCCGAGGAGCGACGAUUGGUGGACCGGGACAAGAACGACGGCUUCGCGUUCCCGUUGGCUGCCAGGCAACUCGCUCGGGUGGCGGCCAGGUGCCAGAAAAGGCCGCCGCGCAAACUCAGAAACGUCAAAGGAUACAAGCACGACCCGGGCUACGUGGGCUCGUCUUCGAUGCUUCAAUUGAACACGGGCCACCAGUCGCAGUCCCUACUGGGACGCAAGGUGGGUACGUGGUUCACGUUCGGGGCGGGGAAGAAGGCGCGGCAGCCGGAAGUGACGUCGUGAGUGUGCCAAAAUCGGAAUGAGAGACUGAAUACGUUAGUUCUCGACCGUCGUUCCCUAUAUUUACGAUAAUUACUACCAGAAUAAUAAUAAUAAUAAUAUUAAUAGUAAUAAUAAGUGUCGUGUUGUGAGCAACGAAGUUGCGGAAAAAUCGGGGCGGUUCUACUCACUUCCCAUCCCUUGUUUGCACGUGCCACAACUGACGCCUUCGGUCCCAGUCCCCACCCCCUAUCUUCUUCUUCUUCUUUUUGAGGGAAAAAGAAGAACAGCGCGUGUCAAUUCUCUUGCCAAGGUUCGUGAGAACGUAACAUAUCAAUUUUUGGCGUCGCGCGGACCUUUUGCCCCGGUUUUCCCGUCGCAGGAAAACGCGCCAAAGGCCCCGACGACGUCACCACAUUAGCUCCUCCCCCCCCCCCAACCCGACCUGCCACGCCCUGACGCUAAGGCAUCCUAUACGCGAAUGGACGAAACCGAAUAUUUUGCCUCCGCUUUUGAAAUGAUUUUAUUUUAAGAAAAACCACGUCACAAUGGCGAUUUUGCGAUAAAAGUCUAUACCGGGUGUUCGUUAAAAAAGCGAACUCGAUUUUAGUAAAAAAAAAAUCCAGAGAAGAUUUGGUGGCUGUUUUCUUCAGUUUUCUUUCUUCAAAAAAUUCAUGAAUAAGCCUCAUUAGCCAGGUAAAAAAUAUCUAAUUUUUCGGGAAGAUUUUUGACGAAAUGGGGAGUCCUGUGAACCUCAUCAGCGGGUCUACAGUAUGUUGACCUUCAUUAAAAUUAGAACCAGCCAAAAACAAAUGGCGUUAACGCACAACUUCUAAAAAAAAUCAAUUUUUGAGAAAAAAUGGCCCCUUAAAUUUCUUCACUAAGUUUGGGCUAUGUUGGACCUAGUGACCUUUCGAUAUUAAAAUUAGAAGCAACUAAUAAAAUGACUUCGGCGUCGACAAACAACUUGUAAAGAAAAUGGCGUGCAUAAAGGUUUUAAUGAAAUUGAAAAAUAUAUCGCUUUAACAAGUUUUACUCUUUAAGUUUCUCGAGGCUCAGGAAAUGUUCGACCUUCGUCCAUUCGGAUGCCGAUCGCAUAUUCCGCAACUUCUUCUUUAUAUCUUGUAAAUUACCGUUAGAAAGCGACUUUCGAACAGAUGCAAUACUUGACGUUUAAAGUGAUAUUGGCUACUGCCGACCUUGUGCUGUGCAAAAACAAUUAGGAGCAGUAGGCCUAAGUGUAUAUAUACUACGUAACGAUUAAGGCCUCUACGUCCCCGAUUACACUCGUUUUCCCUCUAAUUCUCCUUUAAAAAACACGAGGUGUCGAUAGACCAACAGAGCGCCAUUUUGUCGUACCGCGAAAAUCUGAAUCUGGUUCAACUGUGUCAUGGCAAUGGUUUUAAAUUUACCGGGCCAAUUGAACUACUGUUCUGAAUAUUAAUCCCGUACCCGUGGCUGCAAUUUGCUGUUGAAUUUAACGGGCCAGUUGGGGAUUCGGAUUUGCUUCGACCGGGACAUUUGAACUACAGUCGCAGUCGCAUACUUUAUUUACCAAACUGUGAUGUCCCAUUUAUAGCGGCAAUAAUUUCAAGAUUUGGGUGUAAUUUUGGUAACCUUAUUGUCAUAUCUACGGUUAUAAUUCUGUUUUGAAUUUACCGGACCAGUUGAACUACUCUUCUGAAGGCUAAUCCGAGUAAACCUUAAUCUCGAACCUACGAUUGUAGUUCCGCUUUGAAUUUGCUAAUUUCAACAAAUCAUAAGGCCAUAAUUCUCUUUUUAAUUGAUCUAGAAACAUAUUAACUUUCUUCAAUAGGAUCGGGCCCUUUCUGCGUUUGCUUUUGGCGCUCUAUCCAAUAAUAAAUGUUAAUUUUAUGUCGAUUAUGUCGGGAUUCAGAUUUUCUUCGACCGGGCCAUUUGAACUACAGUCGCAGUUGCACCGCGUCACAAUUGUCAAUCGACUUCGAGCAUACUUCAUUAACCAAAUUGUGACGUGUUUUAUGAUUUGGAGUUAACCUUAAUUCACCUUAUUUUCAUAUCUGCGGUUAUAAUUAUCUUUUGAAUUUACCGGGUCAAUUGAACUACUCUUCCGAAAACUAAUUUCAAUAGAAACAUAGUUACUUUCCUCAAUAGGAUCCGCCCAUUAAUGUUCCUUUUAUGUCGAUUACAUCGGGACUGGGGUUUUCUUCAUCCAGGUCAUUUGAACCACAGAACUACUUUUCCGAGGAUUAAUUUCAGUCGAUACUAUUGCCGUAUCUGCGGUUCUAAUCCUGUCUUGGAAUUGAAUGAGUUGCUAAAAACUAUUUAAGUAAAUCUAAAUGCGGUAACUACGAUAGGUAGGAAUUCCCAUUUGAAUUUACAGAACCAGUUGAACUACCGCUCCAAAAAGGCAAACUCCGUGACGACCUGGAAACAUAUUUACUUUCUUCGUUGGGAUACGCCCCAUAUUUGUUCAUUUUAUGUCGAUUUAAGUAUUCCUCGGUCGGGCCAUUUGAACUACAAUAACAAUUCAACAGCGUUCCACCAGCCACUUUUCUUUUCAAUUCUUUUUUUUAAUUCACCGGGUCAAAUGAACUACCCUUCCGAAGGUGACAACAUUUAUCUAAGCCACAUAUUUAUUUCUUCGAUAGGGCCCGCCGAUUAUUCGUUUGUCUUGGGCGGUCCGACCAACAACAGCUUCUAUUCGGCCGGGUCAUUUGAACUACCGUCUCCAGAUUCAGAUUUUCGAUGUUCUCGGCCGUUCAAUUUUCUACACUGUAUUUUCCGUACACCGUCGUGUAUUACACAUAUACUGUAGCGGUUUUAACGUGGACUCGACAUGACGCACAAAACUUUUACAUUCGUCGUAACUGUAUCGCACAGGGUAUUUUAGGCACGAAAUAUUAUUACCGAUCGGUAGGGUCGACGGCGAAACGUACACGAGGGGUUUUAAACACAUUUUAACAUAGUUAGGACCAAAUACUACGAAGUACGCCGCGAAAUUACAAAAAAAAAAGAUUAUUAAAUAAAUAUAAUAACACCCCGUACCUGUGCAUUUCUGAACUCGCGCUUAUAGGAAGUCCCGUAAAUAGUGCCGCCGUUUUUUUUUACGCACCCUGUAGAUUUCGAUGACGCGGCGAUUGUCGUUUUACGCGUUUUAAACCGCGCAUUUGGUUUUAUCAAGUUGGUAACUCGAUUGGAUACGAGUGCUGCGAAGAUUUACCUUCCCUGCCGCUGCUUCUAGAAUAGAAUGUGUCGUAGUAAAAAUUCUAACCUGAAAUUCGUGAAAAACGACUCUCGUCCUCACUGAAACACAAGCGGGCGCAAAAUAGCAAUAAAAAAAAUACCCGCGCACCAUUGUACGCGUCUGACGACGAAAACGUUUCGCUAUAUCGUUAUAGACUGAAAAAACCGCAUGGGAAACCAAAAACCGUAGUGGCUAUGUCCGACUUGACGGGAUGUUUGUAGAGACAACUAGAUGUUUUGUAUAUAGUAACGUAUAGGUGGCACAAUAUUAACGUGCUUUGUUAUAAUCCUAUUAGAUAUAUAUUUAUUAGACAGUUAUUGUAUUGUUAAACACACACUUUUUCAUUGAAUGUACGUGUUCAACUAUGUGAAUGUAUAAUAAAUA